AUGGUGUAUCAGGGGCCUUCACGAGGUUGUCACUCUUGUAGGCGUCGCCGUAAGAAAUGCGAUGAGACACGCCCGUCGUGUCUGCGAUGUGUACGUGCUAAGCUACCUUGCCAUGGGUAUGAGGUCGACUCAGCAUUCACAUUUCGGCAACGCCCACCUCAAUUACCAGUCCAAUCGGCCCCGUUCGUCUCUAUUGCCCGGAAAUGCGGGCUGCCAAAACGUAUGCCCAUCGCAGAGUCCGGGGAAUUACCUGAGGAUGGCCUUCCUCCCGGGGUAACUCAACAGGACAGCGAUUGGAUCGCGUUUCGGGCAUUACUAUACAACUAUUGCGUCGUCCCUGCCAACGGAAACUUGUCAUCGGGGUACUUUGCAGAUCUUGAGCCUUUGGCGCUCCGUCUGGGUCCAAACUCAUCUCUAGUACGAGCUUGUUCGGCUGUGUCGCUUGCUUCUGGCGGCAAAGUUUUGCGGAGGCCCAACCUCGUUAGGCGAGCUGACCUUCUUUACCACGACGUCGUCCGCGACAUUUCUUCCGCAUUAGCGAACAGAGGCCCCUCGUACAGCAGAGAACUGGAGUUGGUCGUGCUUUUAUUGGGCUUGUACGAGAUGAUUACUUCAAGCUCACAGAAGUGCGGAAAUCACGCCGUUCACUUUGCGGGCUGGGCUGCUAUUUCAGGCAUUGAUCCAUCCUUUGAGUCUUUCAUAAUUUUUUAUCGACCUCAUAUGAAUGCCCAGGUCACCGCACGUUUCGCACUCUCUGGACAUCACGUGGACGAGAAGUGUCUAGAUACAUUAUUGCUUGAUGUAUAUCAGCUUCUUCAGUCGUGGCAUUCUGCUUGCUUACCGCGAAACUCUGAGCUCGCAUAUCGCAACGCUUUAGAAUUGGAUGCGCAACUGGUACGUUGGAAAGAUUCUGUUUCUCCUCAAGCUGCACCCACGGUAUUAUCAAAUCGCGCUUCAAAUCCAAGUUUUAGGACCGCAGCAUCCACUCCAAGUUUUUGGACAAACAAGACCGAAAUAUACCUCGACCUUCACGUUGCAGGGGUCUGGAACGUCUUUCGUGUGGCUCGACUCCUUCUACAUGAACUUAUUCUUCAAUCGUGUGAAAGGCAAUCAACCAUUGGACAAAAUGAAAUCGGGCAGCAUAUUUCUGAGGCAUUGUCUAUUGCCGAAGAAAUACUAGCAUCAAUACCGUUCCAUCUUCUAGACACUCUUCAGAUUUCCGUGGUUAACAACGUCGCACACACUCAGAUGGAAGAUAUUGGCCGGGUGCUUGGCGGGUUUCUGCUCUUGCAUCCGCUGUAUGUAGUUAUGCAGAUGUCAUUUCUUCCCCAUAAUAUGAAGAGCUAUUGCAAAGAAUGCCUAGAGUGGAUUAAUCUGGAAAUGGGCAUUGGAUAUGCUGAGGUCCUGGCAAAUAAUCCCACAUUAGAUAUAGACUUUUUAAUAAGCGGCUUUUUGCUUAUCUGGUCCGGCGCAAGCCAAAGCGCCAGAUAA